AUGGCGGCUGCAGUUGAAAUGAGAACAUGUGGAUCAUGUUGUCUUCAGUUGAAGGAACUUGUGAAUAGCUACGAAGAAGAGCUUGGAUUGAAAGGCAAAGAGUUUGAUGGCACUAAAAGUGAGUAUUAACUGAAGGGGCGAUCAGCGAAAACGUCUUAAAUCAGUGGCCUAAGAAGGACCAUAACGAUCGAUAUGAUAUUUCGAGGAUUGUUUGGGAAUACUUUGACGCGUCGUCCCUUGUGUUUUUUUUUUGUUGUUGCUCCAAUGAUGAAAUACUUAGCACUUAUCACUUUUGUGUAGGAUUGUCUUUUAAAUAUAUUUCUUGUAAACAUUAAGAUGGAUCAGUUCAAUAAUUACUUCCCGGAAGUAAACGUUACGGGUCCACCUCAUUGAUUUGCGGAACUCCGAUCCGCAGAACCCUUAAACUCGUAUUUUCGUCCUUAUUUUUUGUCCCUUUGAUUUUUGUGCAGAUCGUACAAAAUUUACGUCAGAUUGUUCCUCACAUUUACACAUAAAGAGAUUGAUGGAUGUAUUGAUAUAGACAGAUGGAUUGAUUAUGGAACAAUAAUUAUCAAAUGCGAGAGCAAUCAGAACAAUGUAAAGUGUGUAAUAGCAGUGGCGUGCUUUGAACCUUGAACCCCUGACAGAGACAGACAUAUAAUUUCACCCUACAAUAUCACCCCAGAAUCAAACAUUAAGGUAACGAGAAUAAAGGAAAAGAUCACCAACUAAAGAAGCUCUUGAUUGUUAAGCAAAUUCUCCUUGUCAGCACCACAGGAAAUGUAAGGAGAACAGUAUAGAGAAUAUGCAUACUGAUGGUAGGGUGGAUUUCUAGGCUCAGGAGAGGCUCAAGACAUUUUUUUGUAAAUAAGGCAAAGUGUUUCUUUUUGUAAACACUUUGUUGUCUUUCAGUUCAUGCCUUUGGAUCACUAAACUUUUACUUGGAACACAGUAAGUUUAAUGACUUACUUAACAGUAUUAGAUCAAAGUGUAAGAGCUGUGCAAGUUGGCCUGAUCCUGCCAAAGCCAUUCGAGCUUCUCAGGUAAGUCGUCUUAAAUUUCACUUUAUUGAAUGUUGCUUAGGUCUAGUAAGAUAUGUCUGAUUCAGCAUUUAUGACAGCCCCAUAAUCAAGAUUUAAAUCACUACACUUAUCAUUGUUAUACAAGACACAGCUGCUUAAUGACUUGCCCCUCACACUCUUGGUUGGGAAAUCCUUGUGCAAGACAUGGCUGGGACAUUGUUGUGUUCUUUCACACAGGACAGGGCAGCCUGUCUAUGACCAACAACCUGGCACUCCUGGGACUGUGACAACACUCCAAAUUUGUUAACCCUUUAACUACUAUAAGUCACUUGCAUCUAAUUUCUCCUUACGAUAUCACCCCCAAGUCACACAUUAAGGUCAUGAAAAUAAAGGAAACGAUCACUGACUAAAGUUCUCCUUGUCAGCAAAUUAGGAAAUGUGUAGAGAACAGUAUGGAGAAUAUGCAUACUGAUGUUAAGGUGUAAAGGGCUUAUGCUGCAGAAACUUUGGUGCAAACCAGAUUCCUCUGUCACAAAGAAUUGAAGUAUUUGGUUAACCUCAGUCUCUCUUUUCCCAAACCAGGAAAGACAACAACAAGUUGAAAACCUUGCACCGGUAAAAAAUUACAUCUCAGAAUGUUUAGACAAGUUGCAAAAUGCCAUGAAAGACAAAUCAAUAAAGGUUGUUGCACAGAGACUUGAAGCCAUCACAAGAAAAGUUGGGUAAGAAACUUUUUGUUCUCAGUUCAAUGAAAUCUGAUUCAUAAAUCUGAAUAUAAGGUUCCCUGCUGCAGAAUUUCUGUUCAGUAAUAGAUAACAAAUGAUACUAAAUUGUGGCCAGAGCAAAAAAGGAGGCACACAAGGGGUGGUGUGGUGUGGUGUGGUGUGGUGUGGUGUGGUGGGGGGUGGUGUGGUGGGGUGUGUUCCUGAUGUUCUUACCACACUGUGAUGUCUUCUGUGAUCAAUAUGCAUAUAUAAUUCAGCCUAUCAUAUAAUGUGUCAAUUAAUUUAUUGCCUUACCAUGCCCCCCCCUCCUCCCAGAGCAACCCACUGGCAUUUGACUGUCAUCUUUACCUUGGGGGGGGGGGAGGAACUUUGGACCUUGCCAGGAAGGGGUGGGUAUUUGAACUGGCAUUUGAACUCAAUGUUGGUCUUCGGGAGCAGGAAUUGGAAUGAACCAGUCUUCAAAAGUUCAAAUGCUUGGUAGGUUACCUGGAGAGGAGACGUUGAGGCUUUAUAUUGAUUGAUGCAUGUUAUGUAGACUAACAGUUCUGAUAUUACCAUGACUUUUUACCAGGUUGAAGUUUAUUGAAAGUGGCAGAGAAUGCUUCAUAAAUUCUGACAUGUUUUAUGUUGAGGUGUGUUUAAAGGGAAUGUCUGUUUUAUAAUACAAUGUAACCUACUUAACCCUUUAACUCCUGUGAGUGACCAAGACAGAAUUUCUCCUCACUUUAUAAGUAGAUUAUCAUGCAAACAAGUGAUGAGAAUAAAGAAAAAUAUCAAUUAUGGGAUCACUAAUUGAUCCGAUGCCAAAUUCUCCAAACUAACAUAAUGAGAAUCAUUUGGCAGACAGUUAAGAGAAUUACUAAUGAGAUCAUGAGAGUUAAAGGGUUAUAGUAUUAGGCUAUGAUAGUGUAAUAAAAUUAUCUUCUCUCAGUUUUUUGCGCAUGUUAAUCCUCUCACGCCGAGGAGUGACUUAAAGAAAAUUUCUCCUUAAAAUGUAAAUACAUUUUCUAGUAAAAAGGCAAUGAUAAGAAAGGAAAACAAAAAUGUGAGGAUAUUGUUUGAUUUUACACUAAAUUCUCAAAGCCAAAAUUAUAAGAAAUGUAUGAAGUAUAGUGUAGAGAAUUGAUAUUUUGAUCUUGGGAGUUAAAGAGUCGAUUAGGGUGUGGAGAAAAUUUUAAAGAGGUUAUUGUCAAGAAGAGAUUCUAUUCCUUGCAGUCAGAAGCCAAAUGUGUUUUAGAUUAUCAUAUUAAUAUAUUUUUUUUAUUUACCACAUAAAAAAGCCUUUCCUUGUUGAUAGACAAAGCUAGGUUAUGAAAGUGGUCAAAACUUGUUGAGUAAAUCUUUCCUCUUGUCUUUGGAAAACUCAGGUUCGAAUGGCAGCUGAUGGUACAGUUUCAGAAGUGAAAGUGGCACACACUGGAGAUCCUGAGGCAAGAGACAGAGGCUUUGUUUGGUUUUUAGUUGAAAAUAAUUUUGGUCAAUUUAAAUGAUGAAGAAGAUUGCUCUCUCUUGUUUGUUUUGACUGGUGUUUAAUUCUCAACUUUUUCCACAGAGUUGCCCCGAGCUAACAAGAGUUUUAAGGUAGAAAAAUAAGUUCAACUUCUUUAAUUUAAUGAUGUAAAUAAUAAUUGCAUAAUCAGGUGGAAGGGUUUCAAUAAAAGUCAGUAAAAAGCAGUCUUCCCCUGCCUGUAAGUCUCUUACUGCAAUCUGUUCUGGUGGUUCUAUUUCACCUUAUGGCACAGUGGCCCAUUACACUGUUGGCAGCUGCUUAUGGAGCCCUUGCUAACACAAAAAAUCAAAGAUGCUCUGAUUCUUCAGUAGAUGCUACUAACUUAAUGAUGAUCUUCACUCUGCUAAGUCUGUUAUCAUCUUAUCUUUAUGUAUUAGGUAUCUUGUUAAAAUGUUGUCAUCUACUAAUUGGAAGUUUCUUACCUUUUUCAUUUUAACCCUUUAACUCCCAGAUCAAAUUUGUAAUUCUCCUUACUCCCAACCAUACAAUUCUUAUAAUGUUAGUUCAGAGAAUUAAGUAUUGGAUCAACUAAUUAUCCCCAAAUUUAUAUAUUUCUUUACUCUCAUCACUUAUCUGGUUGAUAUUGUGUUGAUAUUGUAAGGAGAAAUUCUGUCUUGGUCACUCAUGGGAAUUAAAGGGUUAAUUACCCAUGGAUCACACAUUAAGGACAUAAGAAUAAAGGAAAUGAUCACCAACUAAAGAAGCUCUUGAUUGUUAAACAAAUUCUCCUUGUCAGCACCGCAGGAAAUGUAUAGAGAACAGUAGGGAGAAUAUGCAUACUGAGUUAGGCUAUGAAAGGGUUUACUAUUUAUUUAACUAUUUUGCAGGGAGGGAGAUUAUAAUGAAUUUUUGUGCCAUUUACAAGGAUUAUGUGAUCUUUAUCAGCUCUCUCGUGACACGUGAGUUGUAUAUACAGUAAUUAACAUUUUCUUUCUCAAGAUCUCAUUGCCAAUUUUCAACAGCGUGUGCUGUCUGCUGCAUGUUUCCUUUAAAUUUAGCUUUAAAAAUGAUGUUGAAUCAUGGAGGUUUUCCUGGGUUAGUUGAUAUUUCUAUUUCCUCUCGUCUCCUCUCUGCUUGACAUUGUACUGGAACCUUGAGUUCCAUUGAAAAUUGCACAGUUAUUAUUAUUAUUAUUAUUAUUAUUAUUAUUUUAAUUGUUUGAUUAUAUCACUCUUCAGAUUUCAAAAACCAAAGGUUCUUGCAGCUCUCAAAGCAGUGGAAACCGAUAUUAAUACAAUGGCAGCAUUCUUUGGGUAAUGAUAAUUUCUUAUCACUAAUAAUGGUAAUAGGACCCAAUGGAUUAUAAUUUAGUCUGUGGUCAUUCCAAGCGGAUUUCAAUUUUUCAGUUACCAGUAUGAUCACUGGCUGAAUUGAGGAAAGAAAAAUCCUGUGACCCGUUUGUCAAAACUACAACAAAACUUUAGAAAGAAUAUCCGUCAUAGAGUUUAAUUGUGGAAGGUCAUGGAAAAUGACUGAAAACGAUAUUUAUGAGAAAGUAAAAAGGAAAAAAAUGCUUUCAUUACGCGAUCGUCUUCAAGUUAUACUAAAAUUUUCUUGAUUGUUAACAAUGCAAAACGACAAAAAGGUCUUGGAAAAAGUCUUGAAACGUCGUGGAAUUCAAAGAUUUUUUAAAAAGGUACAGACGUAAAUAAUUUAAUUUUCGACCCUUAAAAACUUUCAACUGAAUUCCUCCCAUGCUAACUCUGUUUGCCGUUUCUCUCUAACAGCACAGAUGUGACUUCCAGCGAAGCCAUCACACAAUGUCCUGUCGGCUUUAUCACCCCGAGACAAGGAGGUUCGUACAACAUUUCGAUUCAAGUCUGACCAACUUCUUAUCGUAAGUGGUCGAAAAAUAGCAUGUUUGAGAGAUAACUCUGCGCAUCACAGCUACAGGAAAACUGCUGGUUGUACUUUCAGUGUGAAAGACUCAACACCAACCAGAGUUGGUGUCGAGAACUAUCUUGAACGAGAUUUGGAUGUCUUCGGACGUUUUCGGCCAUUUUCGAAUGACAGCGGAUAAGUAUCAACAUUUUUGGAACGCACCGGAGUAUCUUCGGCAAUUUUUUGGUUUUACCAGGGUUUGGGAAAUCAGGGAAAUAUGAAGACGGGAAUUAUGCUGGAAUCUUUUGUUAGAAAGUGCCUUUUAAUAUUGAUACUAUGAUUAAUGAAGGCUACUCGCAUUUCUUGCCAUAGGCCGUCGAAUGCGCCUCUGUUAUUUUGCUUCCCCAUAUGAGUUACUGGAUGUCAACAGGCCUGGACAGGAUCGACAUUUUACAAGAGAAGGUAAAGAUAAAAUUAGACUACAAGCGCUAUUGGUAGCCUUUAAAAUAUCGAGACGUGUGUGUCCCGCCAGAGGUGUAGUUAGCUAUGACCUGUGCGUUAAUUUUUGCCUUCAGAUUUAGUAUGGUGACAAAAGUGUUUGUUGAGUGAACACUUUUAAAAGCAAGAUGGAAACUUGAGAUCAUAAUGCGAAUUUUGACGAAGCUUUCAAGAUGGAAAUUUGAGAUCAUAAUGCGAAUUUUGGCGAAGCUUUUAAUAUUGAACCAGAGCGACUCCCAAUGACCAAUCACAACAAAGGUUUAAAAUACAACGAGCCAAUGAGAAUUUGUCUUAACUGCGCGUGAUCGACCUCAAGCAAGGGAAAACGCGUUUGACCACGGCGCAGUUGGUUUAGUCUUGCGUGUUAUUGAUGUGAGAGCGGUGUGUGGCGUGAUUUCUCUAGAACCCAUCACAGAGCAUGAUGAAGCAACGCCAAUGCAGUCUUGCGACACUUUCGACGGUCAGUUGGAAAUUUUUCAAAUUUAAAAUGCCUCUUUUGAUUUGACAAAUGGAAUUAACCGAGCACUUUAUUGACAGAACCCCCUCCAAGAGACUUUGGUUAUCAAGUUUACGUGUCGCUGGAGCAAUCCCAGGACACAUCUCUUCCAAUCAGUCCACUCAUUACCGAGCCUUGUUACAGCAUGUUGGGACUGGAUGCGAGGUGAGUUUACGGGUCUUAACCCUUUAGCCCUCAAGAGUGACUAGCAUCUAAUUUCUCCUUACCAUAUCACCCCUGAAUCACACUUGAAAGUCAUGAGAAUAGAGGAGUUGAUCACCAACUAAAGCAGCUCUUGAUCGUUAAACAGAUUCUCCUCGUCAGCCCCUUUGGAAAUGUACGGAGAACAGUAUGGAGAAUAUCCAUACUGAUGUUAGGGUGUAAAGGGCUCAAAUGAGCUGUGUGUCAGAAUUUUUUGUGUUUUCUUUUCUCUCUCUUUUGCCCUCCUCUGGGUUGUUUAACAUUACUGUCAAUGGGAAAAAAAUCUCUAAGUAAUAGUUUUCAGUGUAAGUAAAUUAUAAAAGGGCAAGAAUAAAUCUAAAGAGACACGGACAGCUGGUAAAGGAGAAAAUUAAAUUGUGCCACGGAUUAAAGAAAGACUAGGAAAAAUUAGUAUGAGCAAGAAACAAAAUUACAAAACAGUGAUGAAUCAUGAACAAACAGGAAUGAUUAGGGAUGGAGAUUGAUGCGGAUCGUAAAUGAAUUAAAAAAUAUUAGUUUCGUAUGAUAGAAGAGCAUGCAAAAAAUAGGCAGUAGCAAAGAAUGGCUAAGGAUGCACGGAUUGUAAAUGAUUACGCAACUUUAGUUCGCCAAGCUAGAAAAACACAAAAGGCACAGGGAUGGUUUCGUUUGGAGAAGAUUGACACAGAUUGCGAAUUACGAACUUGAAAAGGUUACGAUAAAACCAUGGCAAGCCUUGAAGUAGAUAAGACUGUGUCCAGGGAGGGGGGAGCCAUAAAUGUACCUUGGCGAUAUACAUGUACUCCGCCACACAGAACGGAUGAAUGCUACUUAAGUAGUGCAUCCAACAAAUUCACAUUAAAACUGAUCGCCAAAAAUUUCACGAACGUGACUUAAAGCAGUUCGGUAUCCCUCCUGAAAGGUAUGGGUUACCCUUCCCCCUCACUCUGUCGAAGUGCGAGGGAGUAGCACGGAUUGCCAAUAAGUCAGCAGAAAAGGGAGAGUUGAGUUGGGGCGGAGUGACUUUCUCUUAAGCUGACCGUUACGAACUAACACCCUUUAAUAAAUUUAAUGCUAAUUACGUCAUUACGUCUUCUUGCAUAAUCAAUGGAGUUUGAAUACUAGGCUUCCAAACGAAACCUUAUUCGACUCUGAUGAUGACCUUUGACCUCUCUUUUACCCCUUCAUCCCUUAGAGGAUCUGGGUUCUAAUUUCUCCUUUCCGUAUCACCCUUGGAUCAAAUGAAAAAGUCAUGUGAAUGACUGAAAUUACUAAUUAAAGAUUCUUAUUUUUGAAAAUAAUCAUUUUCUUGAUGAUCCAAGAUAUUUAAAAGAUAUGUUUCCCUUACGCUCUAGCUCGUAUUUUAGUAGAGAACAUAAUAUUCUCUCUUUGCCUAAACCAUCUACCACUUCUUACGGCAUCAAUUUCUUCAGUCAAGUGGCAGGAAAAUUGCGGUACUUUUUUCCUGACCAUCACCGCACUAUUUCUGAUUUUAAUUAUUUUCGUCGACUAAUAGCGGAGCUCGCAGAGCGUAGCCCCAUAAUUAUACAAAAUAUUAGUAACCCAUCAAACCCAAAAAAUUUGGACUACGACCGUGCUACUUUUAACAUGCGUGGUCAACUGUACCGCGGGCACGCCAACGCCACGGCUUUGUUCAGUAGUCCAGUGGUCAGUGCACUAGGCUCCGAGUCGGACGACCCGGGUUCUAGUUCUGGCUGGGGCAAGGCGUUGUGCCCUUGAGACGUGCGGGAAAAAAAAAAUGCGAGCUCCGCAUUAGCCGAGCUAGGCUUGGCUAAAUCUAUAUAUUAUCUACUUAUAACUUUGAUGGGAACCAAUAAGUAGAAUUUAAAUCAUGUAUUGCAGUAUUAAGUACACUAAUUAAUGUAGCAAGUCAGUUGUUCAGGUAGUUAGUUAUUUUACUUGUUUUAUAGAAUUAACUCGUAGUUGUAUUGGUUAUUAAUGUAGUAAGCUCAAAGAUAUAUCAGCAUCUGUGUGCUACUCUGUAAAUUCAAGGCAAAAUAUAGUUUAUGUAUAGAUGUAAUGAGCUCCCGUUGUCGGAAAAAAUCCUCCUAGUCAGGGAGGGAAAGGGUUAAAGUCAGUUGUAAGGAUUAUGGAGGUUUCCGUCACUCUCGUUAAAUACUAUUUUAGGACUAUCAUCCUCUCAGAUAUAGCACCAUAAUGUCAAUUGAUCAACUCCCUUUGUUGCAGCAUCAAGUACCAGCCGCUGAAUGACAACAACAGUGAGGAGUUCCAAGCUUCGUUUGUGCUGGAGUUUUGUAAGCCGUUACCAGCAGCGGUAGAGAUUGUUCAGAAGAUUCACGAAGUUAUCAAUAAAACAGGUACAAAUUCAGUGGAGAUACCUAAUGAGGUGUACGUAAUAUAUAGAUUUAGCCAAGCCUAAAAGCGGAGCUCGCAUUUUUUUUCCUGCACGUCUCAAGAGCACAAUGCCUUGCCCUGGCCAGGACUAGAACCCGAGUCGUCCGACUCGGAGCCUAGUGCACUGACCACUGGACUACUGGACAAAGCCGUGGUGUUGGUGUGCCCGCGGUACAGUUGACCAUGCAUGUUAAAAAUAGCACCAUGUACGGUCGUACGGUCGUACGGUCUUACAUCCAAAAUUUUUCGGCUAGAUGGGUUACUACUAUUUUGUAUAAUUAUGGGGCUACGCUCUGCGAGCUCCGCUAUGAUGAUGUUAAGACGAUAGCUGUGAGGCUAAAAUGUCUCACCCAGGAACACAGCACGACGACCACCUUUGAGUCGUCUCCAGUCUUCUCUCUAUUUUAAGAUAUUAACGAGGGAAGUGCACGCGAGGUGCGCACAGAGAAAGAUGGGAAUGGAAAAAGGAGUGUCUCUUUUUUUCUCUUCUUCCUUACCAUCGUCCCAUUUGUCGUAGUAGUGCAAAGCCGUCGCGACCGCGCGUCCGCGUAGUUUAGGGACUUGUUAGCGGUGAUCUGGCCAGGGUUGUGCGCAGACCUCUAAAUUUGGAGUUCAGCUCGCCGAGCGCUAAUCUACCACAUGGGCCCUCCUUUUACGCCCUAGGUUGGCUUUUCGGGGAACGGGAUCCUUCACUCAAAGGUCUAUUUGAUGAAUUUUCAUAUUCUAGAGAUGAUUGUUGAGAACUGAAGAGAGAAUUUGAGAAACAGUGCAGCUACUUUGUUGAAUAUAAAUACGCUUUUCUCUUCUCUUCUUUUGAAAGGUUCGUUUACCCAUUCUUCAACGGUGCCAAUUGACAGCCUUAUAAUAAGAGAGGUAAGAGCAGUUUGUGCCGCCAUUAGACCAAAAUAAAAAGAAACAAACAGACGAAACAAAACUCAAGCAAGUCUUUUUUUUUGUGGGUCGUUUAUAACGAUAAAAAAAUACCUUGUCAUAGCCUAUGCGCGAAAAUAAAGAAACAAACGAAAGAAGUAAAAAGAGCACACCAAUUCGUUCAAAAAAUGUUCCUAUCUUCACUUAAGGUCCUUAAAUAGGUUACAAGUGUUUUCUGAUAGCUUGCUUACACGCACACAAUUGGAGAUUUGACAAAACCGAUAGCCGCUGUUCUGUUGCUCAGUCAAAGGUCAUAUUUUUGUUGAUUUGCAAAUUUUGUGUUGACAAAUUUAAUUACCAAGAGUCAAUUAUCAUGUAUAAGGUGUCCGCUUACGAGAGAGCGUACACAGAAGAAAAAAUUCCAAUCCUUACUUUUGUACAAGUGCCUGCGUCCGCUUACGAGAGAGAACUUACGGGAAUGUGCCAAUAAAGAGUUUGACAUGGAAUUAGCAGGGCGUGAAAUUAAUUUUUUUUCUGAUAGCCACUUGGCUCCUAAAUUCUUCAAAGUGGUAGCCAAUUCAAAAAAAGUUGGUCGCCAUUUUCAAAGACAAACAAAACCUUUUUUUACGCUGUCAGCGCUCUAGAGAGACCCUCCAAAUUAAGUUAGGGGAAAGAUCUUUAACGUGCUACAAAGUGGACACUAGGAUGGAUGAUAUACAACUCUCAAGCUCACCUAAAUUCAAGAUGGCGUCUAGUUAUCGAUCGAGACGCAUGUGCUGCGUUUUGGAAACAAACUUAACGAGGAAGUUCGCUGCGGAUUUAUCUUUGCAAAUCUUUUUAAUUCACGAUAUCUCUUGGUAAGGUUAUGAUGAAACAUUCUAGUCGCCAAUUUGGCGACUAAUUUUCAGGAUUUGGUCGCCAAAGGGAAAAAUUUAGUCGCAUUGGCGCCUGUAUUAGGCGCAAUUUCACGCCCUGAAUUAGGUAGAGAUGUAGAUACCUUUCUUUGUCUAAAGAGUAGCUCGCAAGUUGACUAACCGCUUCCUUUGACAAUGAAAUGCUCCUCAUACAUUUUGUCAUUAUUUUAUAAUUGUCUUGCAGUGGUUAAAAGAUAGAGGCGUUUCAUCAAGUGACCAUGGGAAUAAUUAUUACGCAGUAAGUGAGCAAAUUUGUAUCCGUUUGAAAUUUGCAUAGGAAGUAAUACAACCCAUGCCGUAGAGGAGGGGCGGGGGGUUUGGUAAGAAACCUAACAAUCUGCGUUAAGGCCAGGAAAUCAAACAACCUCUGCCGAGCGCCGGGAGAUUUGUCAACUGUGAAAAGCGUAGAAAAAAACUUCUUUUCUCUGCCAUCAUCUGGCAAUCAUGUGAGCUUUGAAUUUAAAGGAAAAUACAUGUUAUCUCUCGUUGUGUUUUAAUUUUUCCCCAUUUCUCUCACGUUACAGAGCUUACCACAGCAUUACCACGUGUAUCAUGUCACAGAGAACCAAUCAUCAGCAGAGGAGUUAGUGCAGCCUUCUGGGAUGGGUCUGUUGCUGUAUAGGAUCGGAUUUACACACCCCAGUCAUAUCCCGGAAAUAAUACCGGUACGGUUUUGAGCACUACCUUAAACCUUAAAACCCCUUCCCCCUUCCCCUUCGCCCUUCCCCCCCACCCCUCAUACCUCCUCUUAAAUCCCACUGUCUCCCUUCCGAUUCCUCUUAGGAUUAAAUAUAACCUCUCAAGUAAAUGUGAAGGUCGAGAGGGUGCAGUUUUUGUACUUGGUUCGGUGGAGAUUCCAUCUGGAUGGUGUGGCUUUAUGUGCAAUUUUUAUUAGAGCGGUUGCUAAAAACCUUUCUGACGUUAGGCGACGUCAUUGCUGGAAGGGUAUUUUCUUUAAUGGACAGACAAACUCUGAGUUUAUCUCAAAUAAAUGUGACGUUUUCAAGAUGUUUUUUUUUGCUAGUUGGGAGCCGGUCAUUAUAUAUCGCCCUUUUAUAGAGCCUCUUUAUACGUUGUUGGUGACGAUUUAUCUCAAAUAGCUGAUUUUUUUUUCCUUCUCCAGUUGCUUCGACGUCAAGCCAUGUUCAACACUCUAUUCACGAGCGCAUUAAGAAGCCAUAAGCCACUCAAGAAAAGUAAGUGUUCAGAUUUCACGAGACGGUAAGCCUUUAACCCUUUACAUCCUUACAUUAAUACUCUUAUUUUCACACUGUUGUCUUUACAUUGCCUUUAUUGCUGACAAAAAGAAAUAUUUUGGCAAUCAGGACCUUCUUAAAUUGGUGAUCAUUCGGUUUAUUCUCAUGACCUUUACAUUUGAUUCGAGUGCAACUGUAAGGAGAAAUUAGACGCCAGUCACUGUUAGGGGUUAAAGGGUUAAGUUGUAAAUCGUAUCUAUCAUAUUUAUAUGUUUGUCACGCAUUUGCCUCUUUGGAUGUGCUUGACCACUUGAUUAAACAUCAUUGUACUGGGUGUCGGCAGUAAGUUGAUUUUUUAUGUAUUGAUUUUGCUCGGAAAUUUGUCAAAAACAUCCGUGCCAACUUUUCAGCCAUCUGAUGGAAAGAUGAAAUCAGCCUUGAGCAGGUUACUCGCGUUUUCCCGCGCUUCAGGCCUGUUUGCGCUUAUUUAGUUCAAUUUCUCUUUUCCCCCUCGACAAAUUUACCUUUGCUGUGGCCAUUGUGUUUAGUGUGCUUUUGGUUUUACGACAGCUAGAGCGCUUAAAUCAAACCAAAGUAAUCAUAACCGCUGAUCAAAAGAAAGGAAAAUUCCUUUCAGAGCUAAGGACAACUCAAGGUAAAAUCAACCCAACUGCCAAAAGCGCGGGAAGUCGCGUGCAACCAAGUCAGCGCGGGAAAACGCGGGCAAUCAAGUCAGCGCGGGAAAACGCGGGCAACUAAGUCCGCGUGGGAAAACGCGGGCAAUCAAGUCAGCGCGGGAAAACGCGGGCAACCAAGUUAGCGCAGAAAAACGCGGGAAACCAAGUCAGGAUUGCUUUUAGUUCUGUAUGUGACUGGUUGAAAGAGUGGCGCGAGUUUUCUAGACCAAUCGUAGAGCGGAGUAAUGUAAAACCAUUGCAAUCUCGGACUAUUUUCGACACAAUUGAAAAUUUCCCAAAUCUAAAAUGUUCUCAAUCAACUUUAAAAGUUAACAGUUCGUGUAUGCGUUUUUUUCUAGAACCCAACAGCGAAGACUACCUGUUUGAGUUAAGAUCAUCUGAGCCAUUCACCUUAACAGUUACUUUUGAACAUCCGUGUACAUCCAGCAUGGCGUCAAGUAGGUCCACGAACUAAAACUCCCCUUGAAUACAUUUUCAGGCUAACACCCAAACCCUUUACACCCUAACAUCUCUAUUCAUAUUCUCCAUACUGUUUUCAGUACAUUUCCCACGGUGCUGACGAGGAGAAUUUGUUUAACAAUCAAGAAUCCUACUUACCGUGUUUCUUCACCUGUAAGCCGAGCGAUUUUUACAGUAUUUGACGCAAAAGUUUGGGAGAUUUUUUCACGAGAAACAGGGUUCGUCCUAUAGCCGAGGGUUUGGGAUUCAAAAACAAGUACAAUUGCAAUGUUAAUGCGAAAUGACCUUGAAUUCCGUGACUGUAGCGUGUUUUAAAAUUGUCAAGACAAAACGUAUUUUUGACCACCAAUCAGAUUCUUUGCUUCCCACGCAUUGAAAGACGAUCUCACUUAACUGAAGUGAAACAGGACAAUGGAGAAUGGACUCGGGGACGUGGGACUCUGAGACGUAGGACUCGGGGACGUGGGACGCGGGACGCGGGGACUCGGGGACGUGGGACUCGGAGAGGUGGAAUUCGGGGACGCGUGGAGACUCGGGGACGUGAUGAACAAAUCUGAUUUUUGCGCAGAAUUUGUAAAGAAUAAUUUUCGGUGGUCUUGUAUUCUUUUAGCCGUUGUAUACGAGGAGCAACGUGCUUUUGGCGUGAUGAGAAAAAUAGCAGCGACGAAAGAGAUACUCGAUUGAAACGUUUUUCAGGUUACAGUAACUGAGUAUUAGUGUUUCUGCAGUCGCGUGGUAGUAUUUACAUCUUCACCGACUCGCUUUUUUCCAUUUCCCAAUGUUUUCCGUGAGGUUCGCUUACUCAAAUGACUGGUUACAAUCAAGAAUUUCGCUCUCGGCUUGUAGCCUGAUGGUUUUUGUUUUUUUUUGGACAACACGAGUCUGUCGGAAGGUCUCUAACUUGUAGGAUCUCGGCUUAUAAGUGAAGAAAUACGGUAAUGAAUAUGAAAGCCAUAUUAAGCAGUAGAGCAAAUAAGGCAUCCAAAAAAUUCAGGGAUUUAGAACCCAUGACUUCUGCGGUAUCCGUGCAUUGCUCUACCAACUGAGCUAAGAAGCCAACUGGGAGCUCGUCAUUAUGGUCGUUCAUAAUAAACUCGUUAAGUGAUGACUAACUAACUGGGAAUACAGGCCUGAAUGUUUUUCAGGCCUGAUUUUCAAUACUGCUUAAGUAGUGUUCAUUACUGUGAAGAUCACUUUCACUGAAGAAAUGUAAAAUGGUUUCCGUGUCUACAUAGCCUGAUGUAAACACUUGGGAGGUUGGGAGAACACGAGAUAAGCGUAGGAAACCACGACGCGAAGCGGAGUGGUUUCCAGCUUAUUUACAUGUCAUGCUCAUGUAAAAUGGUUUUAUGGCCAAUUAGAGCGCGCGUACUAUUUGAAUUAUUUUAUAAAUUCAUUUCUUAACCCGCAAUUUGCAUAAAUGAUUUUUCCUCCCACAAGAGAAUGAUCCUCUCUAAGAACAAACUAAAUUGACCCUUAAAAGCACUUAAACCUUGACAUGUAACCUGACUUUUUGUUAUUAACCUUUAGAGCACCAUGCACCUCGCAAGAACAAAGCUCCUCAAUAAUUCCGUUCAAAAUUUUUCACCGCUCUCCCCCUUUUUGAUUCCAGUUGAUUUUUUCGUCUCUGAGGAUGACAUGAUCAAAGCUACCCUCACAACAGUGCCUGGAAAACCACUGUUCUGUUCGAAUGAUUACAUUUCCAGAGUCACUCAGAGGUAAGAGGAAAGUAGAUACAUGAUUCUUCAAGGUUUAUACUUCACAGGAAAAUUCCAACAUGAGCGCUUUAAAACUACAGCCAAAUGCGACUUUCCCGCGCUCAGGGCAGUUGACGUUAUUUAAUCGUUUACACCCUAACUUCUAUACGUUUCUUUUGAUAUUGACGAGAGGAAUUCGUUAAACAGUCAAAGCUUCUUAGGUUGGUGAUCAUUUCCUUUUUUCUCAUGAACUUAUUGAAUAAUUUAGCAGUAUUAUUGUGAGGAGAAGUUGGAUGCUGGUCUCUCUUUAGGGUUUAAAGGUGUGAGUCUUCAUUGGCUCCAAGUGAUAUUUUGUUUUGUUCUGAUUCACCGUUGAGAUAACUUUGGUGGUGGUUUUAACGAAAUUGAAUGGAAAUGAGCUGAAAAUGCCAGGCGAUAUUUUGGACAUUGAAGGGGCGUGCCAAAUGGGGGAGGGGUGGGACAGUCUAAAUGUCACGUAGACCCUCCCCUGCUUUAUAGACAUCACUGCUAUUUUAGCAUUGUUUUGAAUUAAAUGUUUGCCGUUAUUUACAGAUGUCUCUCAAUCCCAGCUGCGAUGCGAUGCAUCAUCAGAAAAGCACAAAGCGUCAAACUAGAGGAACUUCCGGUUAAGGCAAGCGAGGAACUACUUCUUCCUAUCGGUGGGGGGCAACCAUCUACCAAAUUAGCAAGUUUGUCACUCCCUUCCAGUGCCGCUCUGUUCGGUGCGGCGGUCGGAACUCCGUCCAACCCCAACACGCCAGUGUUUCUGGGAACGUCACCGUCGUUUACAGGUUUUAACCUGGAAACACCCUCGCCGACUUUCAGUGCGUUCACGUUUUCUUCAAUAUCUCCUACGUUUUCUUUUAAUACAACGGAUAUUACAGCCGCUGCGGCAGAUUCUCUGACCACGACGGCCGCAAAACAACCCGAGAAGAAGCCUGAAGCCGCAAAAACACCGAACUUGAAGAUAACUCUUAAACGAAAGCGAGACGAUGAAUAUGUCAUUGAGAACUUUCAAUUGCCCGAUGAAGUCCCAAAGAGCGCGGUAAAAACGCCAGUUGGGCAAACGCCAUCGAAAAGCAAAGAAACGCCCGAUCCGGAGUCAAUGGAAGGAGACAACUUCCCUUUUGAUCUCGCUGCUGUCUCCGGAGCUAACUUCACCAUGGGAACCACAUUCCCGGAUGUAAGUGCUGGGUUAGAUGGUUCAGUGGUCGUGGCUGCAGGUAGUUCCACCGCUGGUCAACAUGUAGGUUUGGCGGGCGCAGACUCUUUAGCUGCUGCAAGCGGGCUAGGGAUCGUUUCCGCGGGAAUUGAGGGAUUAUCCGCCACCGCCGAUUUGUUCGAUAUAGGGGGCGCCGGUGCUGACGGGACAGAUUUAGAGGGGAUUCUUCAGAAUCUUUCUGGAGCAUCUCAUCUUCCACCAGGGAUCGUGUCAGGUGCUACGGCUUUGGAUUUUGAAACAGGAUUAGGUACGAUUACAAUUGUUACUUCGAUGUAUGCGGUUGAUGAAAACAAAACAAAACAACAAAAGUAGUCAUUGUGGGAAGAAGCGCGCCGUAAUUUGACUCCAAAGGAUCGAGCCUUUUUUGCGAGCGCUUUUUCGUUUUGCCCCAGUGGAAUUCUGCGGUCAAUCAGCGGUCGACACAUAAGUGGUGUAAAAGGUAGCUAUAGGAUUCACAUGUCAUUUCGCGUUGUGUUCACUAAAUGUGUGCGUAAGUUCUCUAUUUUAGAUCUCCGUAAAAUGCAAAAGCAAGUAAAAUCUCUAUGAAGAUGACCUUUCCAAGACUUAAUCCAAGUGUUACUAUAUUUGUUUCCCCUUCAGGAGCUGGAGUACCAGGACUGGACGUAUCAGAUCCUGGUUUCGACAUCGACGCGGCCCUUGAUGCCAGUGCUGUCGCAGACCCGAGUAUUGCGGGCACUGCCGGUAAGUAAAUCGCGUGAUAUUCUUGAAAGUGACGUCAUCAGCCAAUCUUUCUGACGUCACGUUACGGCUCUUAUAGAGUGUUUAUCGGAAAUGGAAACCUGCUUUGAUGUUUUUCAUCCGAUGGAACUUGCUAAGCCAUUUUUAAUUUGAAAGCGAAAAAAAUGUAUCCAUUACCACAGAUAAGGCCCUAGUGCUGGAUACUGAUAUAUUUCAACGUAUUGUUCGCGCUAAGGAAUGGAAGGAUUAAAUUUCAGUAGAGGCACUUUUAGAAGAUGAUUACAUGUAAAUCACGAUUUUCAUUCUCAGGAGCCUUUGAUGUCGACUCCACGCUGGGCUUUGACCUCGAUAAUAUCGCCGGUGUUGGAGGUCUCCCUCCUGAAGUUACAGGUGCAGCGGACCUGCUGGCCGUUAGUGGACUGAGCGGGAGUGACGUGUCCGUUGAUAUCGAUAUGCCUGGGACAUCGCAUUCGAAGAUAUGAGCUAGAUUUGCGGACUUAUUUUGAGACAGCUACCAGGCAACUCUUACGUGAAGCGCCUACAGGGUUGAAUGCCGUCUGAGGUGCGAUGAUGGAGAGUAACAAAUGUCAAUGAGCGAAGACUGCGAUCGAAGAUCGAGCAGACACAGUUCUUACGCAUUGGUCGUGCUCUCGAUAACCAAUGACCAAUUGUUAAACAAAGGCUACAUAAAUGCCCCUAUUUCAGUUACUCUAGGUUAAAUGCUAAAAAGAACAAUUUUCAAUGAAGAGUCAAAAGUUUUUCGGAAUUGCAUCGAUUUUACUUUGCCCUCUGCCCAGUUUCACACUCUCGCCAGCUCGUUCAAUCGCUUUUUUGCGCGCUUAGGGUAUUUGACGUAUUUUUUUCUAGUUUUCAUCGGCUGCUUGUGAUACUAAACUUCGCUGUGAUUGGCUGCUGUGAUAACUUCGGUUUUGAGUUCUCGUUUUAGAACUUGCGAAAUGCGCUGCUACUCUCAAAACCAAACAGCAAUAAUGUCACUGUAGACGAGUUUAUUGACCCUGGGUUGCAAAGGUUUACAAGAUAUACAACACGAAUGAAGGGUAGAUACACAAAACAACAACUUCACGG